UGAGGGGGGGAAAAAAAAGGCAAGAACAAGCAGCCAUAACUUACCAUAAUAACCAAGCAAAAAUGAGGUCCCUCUUCAUCUUCCCCAUUUUUCAUGCGCUGUUCCUUACCUUCUUGAUUAUGUCCCAGGGCACGAUAGCCCAGAGCUUAAUCAACGAAACUUGCAAAAUUUUCGCACAAAAUGAUCCAAACAUCGACUACAAUUUCUGCACAACUUCCCUUCAGGCAGAUCCAGCCAGCCAAACUGCCACUUUACAAGAACUAGGGAAGAUUUCAAUCAGAUUAAUAAAAUGCAAUGUGACAGAUACGCGGUUUUACAUCAAGAAUUUGAUGAAGAACGAGAAAUGGGGUUCAUAUACAAAGCAAUGUUUGAGUGAUUGCUUUGAACUUUUCUCAGUUGCAAUCCCUUCUGCUAAAAAGGCCAUGAAAUAUUACAGUAAAAAGCUCUACAGUGAUACUAAUGUACAGUUAAGCACAAUACUGGAUGAUGCUACAACAUGUGAGGACGGAUUUAAGGAUAAAAAAGGAGUUGUUUCUCCAUUGACAAAGAGAAAUGGUGAUACUUUUCAGCUCUCUGCAAUCGCACUCUCUGCUCUGAAUAUGCUUCAGACAGGAUCAAACUGAUCCAUGAACUUGUUCAGUUCAUCAGAUUCUGAUGAUCAUAUUUCAUUCCUAAGGUUUAAUGCAAAAUUAUUCUGUACAUGACAAUUUAUCUAUUGAGAGCAUAUGAAUGAAGUGUAUCUGGUGAUAUAAGUUGCAAGAAUCUUUGCUGAUUAAGAAACCUUCCGAAUCUGGAAAUUGUAAAUAUGUAAUCCAUGCAAGUGUUUGCAACA